AUGGGUAAUCUCAAGAAUCUUUUGAUCACCCUUCUCCUCCUUUCCUUCUUUCUCCUCUCUUCCUCUUCUUCUUCUUCUUCUUCUUCUUCUUCAAACGAAUUCCAACCCAGGAAUCUUGGGUCAUCACUAUCAGAUAAUAAUAAAGCUCCAUCUCCAUAUGAUCAGUAUGAUCAUAUCAAGAAUUCAGAACCAUUUAACUUCUUGAAAAAACAAGCAGGAGAAGGAGAAGGGCUACAGUUAAGUACUAAGGAUAAACGGAAGAAAAAGAAGAAGGCGAGACUAAACAUGAAGAGGAAAAGAGACAAUAAAAAUUCAGAAUAUUAUUCCAGCAGAAGCUUUUCAGCUAUGCUUCCUAAAGGUUUUGUGCCUCCUUCUGGAAAUUCCCCUUGUCAUAAUACCUAUCCCAAUUCCGUCACCUUUUUCUGUGAUCUUUCCACUCCUAAAGUACCCUAA